UAUGCUGGGGACUAUCGCUCCAGGUGGAAUCCCCUCACCCAUCCGCUGAUCGCCUUGUUCUUCGGGACAAUCAGCGUUUAUUUCAAAGGUGUAUACUAAGGCGUCGCGGGAAUUUCAUCUCCUCAUCGUAUGGCGUCACCUACUUAAACGACCGAUGGUCUCUCAGCCCUAGUCAGUGCCCAACUGCAGGCAGUUCGUGGUGCAACAUCGCAUUCGUUUCCUGGUGGAGGUAGGUAAUUCAGUUUGGCUACCAAACACCUCAAAGUGUGCAGGGAAGAUUUUCGUGUCGUGCCCGUGCCGUAUCGUAUAGUGUCUCACUUGUAGGAUUACAUUUUCUGCGCAUUGAAUCAGCGAAACUUAUUAACCUACUACCACUGGUUCAACACUUCCAUUGACCACCAAACCUACUGAUGUGUGUUAAAGUGUCUACCAUGAAGGUGCUGAUUAUUGCGCCAAUGUUGGUGGCGGUCACAAUUUUCUCCUUGGCUGAAGCGACUCCGCGUCGAGAAGUGCUCGACAGAAUUAUACCGAUUUCCAGAGAAGAUUGGGCCUUGUUGAACCCUUACGGCUCAGAUCCCAGUGCCUAUCCAGCCGAAGAGCGAGCCAACAUUGAAAGAAUUCAGGAACAAUGGGAGCGCUUUUUCGAUUUUUUACCGUGGCUUAAAGGUCCUCCAGGCCCUCCCGGCCCUCCUGGCCCCCCUGGAACGGCUAUCGUUAGAGGAGUUGGAAGAGACGGCGAAUAUGAAACUGAAGAGGGCAGAUAUGGAGGUGGAGGUGGCGGAGGACAUGGCGGAGGUGGUUACCGAGGUGGAGGAGGAGGAGGCUAUGGCGGAGAUCGCUAUGAGAAGCCAAAAUACAUUCCAGGUCCUCCUGGCCCACCUGGCCAACCUGGUCCCGCUGGGUAUAAGGGAGAUACUGGAGCUCCCGGUUACCCUGGUGCUAUUGGAGCUCCGGGGUAUCCUGGUAAAAAUGGAGGUCCCGGUCCGCAAGGCGAAAGAGGCCUUGCAGGAAAACCAGGCUAUGAUGGAAUUCCUGGAAAACAGGGAGUUCCUGGAGAAAGAGGUUAUCCGGGUAAAGCUGGACCUCCCGGUUUGGCUGGAGUACCAGGCUACAACGGAAAGGAUGGCUUUCCUGGUCUGCCUGGAUCUAAAGGAGAACCUGGAUACAAUGGACGACCUGGCAAAGACGGACUCCCCGGACCUGUUGGUCCUCCCGGUUAUGCUGGAUCUCCGGGAAAAGAUGGAUAUCCGGGAGCUAACGGCGUGCCAGGACCAAAGGGAUCGAUCGGACCCGUUGGGCCAGUGGGAUAUCCCGGCAAAGAGGGACCUCCAGGUUAUCCUGGGAAACCGGGGCUCAAAGGGGAUGCUGGCUACAAUGGACUUCCGGGUAAAGAUGGAUAUCCGGGAGCUCCCAGUAAAGUUCCCGGGCCAAGAGGUCCCCAAGGAAAAGAUGGUUUACCAGGAAUUGUCGGCCCUAUUGGACCUCCUGGUUAUACGGGAGCACCUGGGUCACCUGGUAAACCAGGAAAAGAUGGCUUAAUAGGACCCCCUGGUACUCCUGGUUACCCCGGAGAACCUGGACAAAUCGGACCUCAAGGAAAAUCUGGGGCACCCGGCCAUCCCGGAAAUCCAGGACGCCCUGGUCAAAUAGGACCUAUAGGGCCAGUUGGAGGAGUAGGUGCGCAAGGAAAGCCCGGCCCUCCAGGUUAUCCUGGUGUGCCUGGUCCUGAAGGACAAUCAGGACCUCGAGGGAAACCCGGUGCUGAUGGCUAUCCCGGGCCACCAGGAUCACCAGGACCUUCAUAUUCUCCUCCCCCAAAAUACGAGAAACCUUCCUAUGAGCCACAGAGUUACAGUACUGGCGGAGGAUCAGGAUAUUCGUCACAAAAUUACAGAUCACAGCAGAAAGAACCAAGAGUGACAAAUCUCCACGAAGUCAAAUCAAACAAGGCCUCGUCUGCUGCCGUCGAUUUAAGCUUCUUAUCUGCUCCCACGUUAACUAGCCUUUGGAAUUAAUUAACGGAUUUUUUGUUUGUGUUUUUAAUUCCCUGUUUAAGUCUGAUGGCUCGUUGAUCAAGUCCUUUGGCCUUUCUCGUCUGUUAUUAAGAGUUCGAAAUUGUUCCCAUUGAGUAAUUUUUUAAAUUUGUUUGAACCACUCUCGAUUGAAAAACCAUCUAAGAGUAAGACAAAGUAUUUAUAUAUGUAUUUAUAGAAUGCCCCAAAACAACUCAUUACUUUGUUAUUUUCAUGUUAUUUAUUUGUCGUUGCGAAUACUAAAUCUAUUUAUUUGAUUCUGCCAAAA